ACGCAGCUAGCUACGCGGGGCGGUGACGCCCAAAGUCACGCGGUUGUUGACAGCUCGCCGGUUCCCUUGAUUUGACCUUAGCAAGUACGAAAGUACGAACUCUCUUUCUGUUUCCGCCAAUCCUUUCAUAUUUCAGCAGUAUGCCGCAUGCUUCCGAGGGUGAGAUAUGCCAGGCGGUCCUAGGAUUCGUCACUGAAGGCACUUACCCUGAGGAGAAGGUGGUGGCCGCCAAGUUUCCGGCCGCAGCUCUGGCGAAGGAGUUGGAGCUCAUUUCACAAGCCCGAGAGCAAGUAGAGAACGAAGUUAGCUCCCUCAGUCGUGAGAACACUUUCGAUGCCGACGAUUGGAUCGUCCAAGCACAGCAGCUGCACGCGGAUAUCGAACGCUCGAGAGUCACCGCGCGGGAAAUCGUCUCUCAACAUGAAGAAACUAGCCCACUACGAGAAAAAGUGGAGGACGCCAGCGCGAAAGUAGCUUUGAUUGAGACGGAGAUCGCAUUCAACCAGGCCGUCGCGGAAACCCUGGAGGAGGUACAGCGAUUAUGCGAGCAGUUGGAGUCGGGACGUACAACUUUGGGGACUGGUCACAUUACUGCCGCCAUUGAACAGCUGGAGUCUACCAAGACGGCCAUCGAAACAGAUACUCCAUUUUCAAACACCAAUGUGAUGGGCAUACUUUCCGGUGAGGUAGCACGACUGCGGGGGGAAAUUGAGGACGCAUUACGUUUGCGCUGGAGCGAACAAGUGACGCUUGAUCGCGCAAAGGGCGAAUUCCGCAUCACUGAUGACACAGAUUCCUUGGAUGAGACUAUUGCGUCACUCUCACGACUGGGCAUUUUCUCAUUUGCCAGCGAGAAAUUCCAGAAUGACUUUAUUGCGACAGUCAUCGACCCGAUCUUGCUGCCGCGUGUAGACGGUAGUAGUCGCGCUGUCGAAGUGACAGAAACAGGUGUCCGCAUCGACUCCGCAUUUUCCAGGACAAGUGUUGUAGUGACACUCAGUCGCAUUACGGAUGUUCUUAAUUACUUAAGGCAAAAACUUCCAUCGUCAAUGUUGGUCACCCUUCCUCAGUCCUUGAUACCUGCUGUCGCUUCGAAAGCGAUAGCAGGAUGGCUGUCUUCUGCAAUCCCAACCACUCUGGAUGGCCUGGAAGACUUCGAAAACACAUUGGAAUCUGUUCUGCAUUUUACCAAAACAAUCCAGUCGUGGGAGUGGAGUGGCCAGGAAGAGCUAGUAUCUUGGGUGAAUCAAGCCCCUCGGCUGUGGUUGACCCGGCGCCGGGUUGAUUCACUUGAUAGCGUGCGGAAAGCAAUUGCUGCUAGCAAGGGUACAACGAAGCAAGUCGAAAGAAUCGAAAAGGAGAAUGUUUCUCACGCGGAUGAGGCUCUCCUGGAGAACGCCACAACCGAUGAUUGGGAUGCAGACUGGGAUGAAGAGAAGGAGGAAGGCCCCGCGGUCGCUCAGCCCGAAGAGGAUGAAGAAGAUGUCAGUGCAUGGGGUCUUGACGAGGAUGACAAUGAGGUGCCAGCCAAGCCAGACGUGCCCGAUGCACCUGAAGAGGAUGAUGCCGAUGAUGCCUGGGGCUGGGGCGAUGACGAUGAAGAGAAGGGCGACGAAAACAAGAAGCCUCCGGUUGUCACAGAUAAGAAGCCCACUGGCGGAGAUAACUCUACUCAGCCCUCGUCUGCGAAGGAAGUUGUCCUUCGAGAAGUUUACACGGUUACCGAUAUUCCCGACUCUAUUAUUGAAAUCGUGCUCCAGCAGAUCUUCGAUUCCAGAGAUAUUGCCCAACCUGCGCAUUCCAAGUCUCGCGUGGCUUCAUCUGGCGCUGGCCUACUUGCACUGCCUACUUUGAUCCUGGCCAUGUUCAAGGCCACCUCAUCGGCCUUUUACUCACUGAAGCUUAGUUCGGGGCAGAUGUAUCUUUACAAUGACAGCCUGUACCUGGCUAGUCGUGUUCGAGAGCUUAUAGAGGAGUACGAGCUUUCCAGGCUCAACCCUGAUGUUGAAGCUUUAGAGAAGUUUGGAAAGAUUGCUUACAGCAAGGAGAUGCAAACCCAAAGCACCAUUGUCAGCGACCUACUUGAUGGUACUCAAGGAUUUGGACAAUGCUCCGAUCAGCCCUACAAAUCAGAGUGUGAAAAUGCUGUCAGUGCAACGGCUGACCGGAUUCGUGACGUCUACAAGGAAUGGCAACCCAUCUUAUCCCAUUCCGCCCUGCUCCAAUCUAUUGGCUCACUUUUGUCCACGGUGAUUGGGAAGAUUAUAAUGGAUGUUGAGGAUCUCGGUGACAUUUCCGAAGACCAGUCCAAACAAUUGGUCUUGUUCUGCAAUCAAAUUUCUAAAUUGGAAGAUCUCUUCAUGCCUGAAACUGCAGCUGAUACAGAAGCCGUCCCUGUCACCGCGGUCUAUGUUCCGAACUGGCUUCGAUUCCAGUACCUGAUCAACAUUUUAGAGAGCUCAUUGGCAGACAUCAAGUUCUUGUGGUUAGAAGGCGAACUGGGUCUAGAAUUCUCCAUGGACGAGGUGAUCGACUUGAUUGUCGCACUGUUUGCAGAGUCUGACUAUCGCCGACGAGCUAUCGCAGAUAUUCGACGAGCACCUCGGGAGUGA